AUGGGAAAAGAAGCCGAUGAUAAUAUUCUCCCAACUCUUCGCGUGAUUGCUUUUACACUGCAAGAAGCAGCAUCCCAGAAUAAAUUGCUUAUUGGGAGAGACGUGACACUAUCUAGAUUUCAUACAUUAAGUCCACCCAAAAUUCCUAUCCUCAAAUAUCUCGGGUAUCUACAUACAAAUGGCAAUUGUCCUCGAUCAGUAUUCAUAGUUGCUCUCAUUUUAUUGGAUAGAUUGCUAAUUCAGCAGCCUCAGAUCAAGAUUACGCCAAACACUGUUCAUAAGUUGUUUUUGUGUAGCCUUUUAACUGCAUCGAAGUUCACAACAGAUAUGUACUAUAAUAAUAUUACAUGGGCCACGAUAGGAGGCAUCAGAUUAGAGGAAUUGAAUGUUUUAGAGUUAGAGUUUUUGUUUUUACUUGGAUUUACAAUCGUCGUCACAAAGGAGGAGUUCAACAAAUACGACCAUGAGCUUUCAGUUAAAGCCUCCUUACCAGAAUUUCAUGAAGGAUGA